AUGAAAAAAUCUAUCAUAUCGCUAAGUUUACUGUAUUAUAUUACAUUUUUCCAUCAGUGGAAUUUUGUAGAAUCUCAGCCAGAAAAAACUGGUUCUACAACACCUGAUUCUGCUGAGUCAUCAGAUACAUCUUCAGUCAGUCAUGUUACUCUUGACAUCAACAAGACUGAGAGUACAAGUGAGUUUGACUACACCGAGUAUAAUGAUUUUCAUAAAUUCAGUGCUAUUCCUAGGUAUGUAUUCACUAAGAUAUCUCAAGGUAACAAGGAUGUAUGGGAAUCUAAGGAUAAUAUCCAUGGUACUUUGGUAAUGUAUAUUAAAAGUGUCAAAUACCUCGUUGUCCUACUGGAUAAUAAUAUGUUCUUAUUAUUCCAUCAAGAUCAGUACGGUAACUGGGUCAACAUCACUGCUAUGAGACAUGAUGUUACUAAACUCAAGUUCUUUGGAGAAGGUGAUACUGAACUUAAGUCAUCUGAUUACAAGGUUUCGUUAGUUGAUCUCUUUUAUGAAAUCUUGUUCAAUUCUGGAGUUAAAUGUAAGAAGGUUAAGUAUGGUAAAGAUGAUGUUUGGAAACAUAGUGAUGAUCCAAAUUUUGCAUCACUAAAGUCAUUUUCAUUGGGUCUUGCAUCAAACAGUUUUUUCGUCAAGAAUCAGUCUGAUCGACUCAAGAUGAUACAAAGGGCUCUUGUGGAUAAGGCUGAGUCUACACCAUCUGUUACUGUCUCUCUUGACAUCAACAAGACUCAGUCCACUAGUGAUUUUGACUUUUCUGAUCAGUUCGGCAUCGUUACUUACACUCCUAUUCCUGGCUAUGUAUUCACUAAGAUAUCUCAAGGUAACAAGGAUGUAUGGGAAUCGAAAAAUAAUGUCUUUGGUACCGAAUUAAUGUAUAUUAAAAGUGUCGAAUUCCUCGUUGUCUUACUGAUUGAUGAUAUGUUCUUACUAUUCCAUCUGGAUAAUAACGAUUGGCACGAUGUAACAUCUAAGAGACAUGAUGUUAGUAAACUUAAAUUAAUUGGUGAGAAUGAUGUUUUACUCAAACCAUCGCAAAGAACUGUAACAAUUGAUGAUCACUCAUUUCAUUAUUUAUUUCAUGAUGGAGUUAAAUUUCACACCGUGAAGUAUGAUGAUCUUGAUGUUUGGUCACACACUGAUGAUACUAAGUCUCAGAUAUAA